AUGGAAACCGAACAUGAACAAACAAGUGUAUCGGUCAGUGAUAAUAUAGAUAAAAAUAAUUUGAGUUGUACAUCUCACGACAUUGAUCUUGAUCAACAAUCACAACAACAACGUCUAAUAGAAAAUGAAGUCAAAGAAAAUCAACCAUUAAUAAGUGCGAAAAUUCCAACAACAGAAUUACAACAUGAAUAUGCAUCAGAUGAUAAAAUUUAUCAAGAAAAACUUUUAGAAUUAAUAAAAAAAUAUAAAUAUAUUCGACGUACAAGACGUGAUGGAAAUUGUUUUUAUCGUGCAUUUGCAUUUGGUUAUCUUGAAAGAAAUCUCAAUAAUGAUAGUGAAUUAGAAAGAUUUCGUGAAUUAACAAAUAAAUUAACUGAGCAACUUAUUAAAUUAGGAUAUUCAGAAUUUACAGUUGAAGAUGUUAGAGAUGUUGUCAUUGAAAUAAUUGAUAAUAUACGUAAAAAUCCUAAUGAAACAAAUUUAAUUGAAUGUUUUUGCUCAGAAAAUUAUUCAGAUUAUUUUGUUGCUUAUUUACGAUUAUUUACAUCAGCAUAUCUUCAAAUGAAUCGUGAAUUUUUUGAAAAUUUCAUUGAAGAUGGAAGACCUAUGAAACAAUUUUGUAAUACUGAAGUUGAACCAAUGACACGUGAAUCUGAUAAUAUCCAUAUAAUAGCUUUAACUAAAGCAGCUGUUGUUCCCCUACGAGUUAUUUACAUGGAUCGAAGUCAACAAUCAACAUUAACUAUACAUGAUUUUUCAGCUAACGAUGAAGAAAUAACUGAAACAUUUCAACCGAUGAUUACAGUACUCUAUCGACCGGGCCAUUAUGAUCUUUUAUAUGAAAAUUAA